CACCGAACCAUUCACAGUGCAGACAUGGCAGAGAAGCUGAGGCGGAGUGUUGUUGUUUGUGCUGAAACGUGACUAAAUGGACAUUAAACUUAAGUAUUUUCAUGUCGUAGUAGUCUAUUUGGCGAUGUUACGAGUCUGAAAACCGCAGUUUGCGCGAAUUAGUCCUUCAUUUUUCUCAGGAAUUCAGUGAACUCGCCGACUCAGCUAAGCUAUGCAGCUCAUAAACGGUGAACGGUGCGGUCGGUCUUCACCAACACCGCCGUUACGUUCAGCGUUCACUGAAAGAGCCUUACGGUCAGAAACAGAUUCCCUUCAAAACUGACCUUUUCUGCUGUGAAAACGUUAAAAUGGGAGGUUAAUAAAGUUGGUCACGGUUCGUCGUGAAGCCAAAUUCCUCUACUGCUCCGGUCACAGCUCGUAUUUAACUGAAACAGCUCAUCUGAGCACCUCGGUUGCCCUCUGAGGAAGGUGGAGCCAUGUCUGCAAAAAUGGAACUGGCGGAGUUGCCACGCUGGGAGAUGGCCGUCUACUGGUUUUUGUCCUUCGCCUCUCACAUCUACUCCUUCUAUCAGGUUCACAGAUUCUCUAAAGAGCACGAGGAGAGUCUGGACAGGGAGGUGCAGCUGGAGAAGGGCUUCCUCAUCUGGGGCUUCAGAAAGGACCCAACAGAUUUUGAGUGGAGCUUCUGGAGCGAGUGGGCGUGGCAGUCUCUUCUCUGGACACUGAUUGGUCACGCAGUGGUAUCCCGACUGUUUGGUGUGUACCUGCCUCAGAGCAGAAAGGCCGUCCUCACGCUCUACGGCAUGUUGGCAGCGUGGUGGCUUCUGGGUUCCAGGGGCAUAGCUGUUCUGAUGCUCCACCUCAGUGUUUCAUUGGCUGUUGCCCAACUACACAGUCCCAUCCUCUGCUGGGGUUGUGCCCUCCUCCUGCUCUCUACUCUACAUAUCAGCAGUUUACAAGACGUGCAGCGAGGCUGGUACGACUCAGAUGAGCGCUACUACCUCUUGCUGUUCGGUACUGCAGUCUGUGCCCUUCGAUGUAUUAGCUUCAGUCUGGAGCUGUGUUGGAACCCCUUGCUGGUCAGAGCUCCAGGCCAGCAAUGUUCCUCUCUACAGUUCAGAAAAAUGAGGAUGUUCAUAAUGCAGCUGUACAAUCUCACUGCCUACUGCUUCUACCAUCCACUCUUCUACAACGGACCCAUCAUUACCUACAGAGACUUCAGCCAACAGAUGGAGAAGCCAGUGUGUAAGGUGUCAGCAGUGUGGGCAUUGGGCAGAAUCAUGCGUGUGUGUGUCUGGUGGUGUUUGGCAGAGCUCAUGAUCCACCUCAUGUACAUGCACGCCAUCCAGAACAAUGAGACCUACCUCAACAUACUCCCACCUUGGGCACUGGGUGGUUUGGCUCUGGCUGUGGUUCAGUUUUUCUAUGUGAAGUAUCUGGUGCUGUUCGGCGUGGGGUCUCUGCUGGUCACUCUGGACGGACUGGACCCUCCCCCACUGCCCCGCUGCGUAAGCAUCAUGUACAGCUUCCAAGGGAUGUGGAGACACUUUGACGUGGGACUCUACAAAUGGCUCAUCAGGUACCUGUACGUGCCGCUGGGUGGUUCUCGUCGCGGAUUCUUCCAGAAGCUCGUCUCCACGGCGCUGGCAUUCAGCUUUGUGUGUUUCUGGCAUGGUUGCCAUGACUACCUGCAGUGGUGGGCCCUGCUGAACUGGGUUGGGGUUUUAGUGGAAAACGCUGUCGCACUCUUACUGUCCUCUGCUCCUCUUCAUCACAUCAUUGUGCGAUUCCUGUCUCCGCGGAUGCAGAGGCGUGGCCUGGCGUUCAUCUCCGCCUUCUCCACCGCAAUGCUCAUCCUAUCCAAUCUGAUGUUUCUGGGUGGGAUCCACGUCAGCCGGGUCUAUUGGAAGAGAGUGUUUGUUCAAGGCUGGUCCAACAUAGCUCUUCCCAUGGUGGGCUUUCUGUACUGCUUUGCUCAGGUGGGGCUGGAUUUCGACCAAAAACAGUCACGAAGACAAAGUUCAACCACAUCAUCAUCCUAGAGGUUUCACAACUACAGACUCUACACAUUUGGCUAAAAGUGCUGCGCAUAAAACAGAAUACGAGCCAUUCCAGAGUCGUCACCAUCGCGGAAGCUUCAUGGAGGUUUAAUUUGAUUAGCUGGGUUCCAGCCUGGCAGUUCAUUGUGCCAAAACAUUUGGCUGUGGCAUCUCCUCUGGACACAGCAGACUCUUUUUGGCUCAGCUGCUGUGGUUUUCUAGAUCAAGAUAUUACUGCUUUUUUCUCUGUAGGUGCGUUGGAGUUCUGUUAUGUUUUUUAGUGGAGGUGUUGAGCGCACAAUGCAAAAUAGGGGCAUAAAAUAAGAAAUAAAUAUGCAUACGAUAAGACACUGUGGUUUAGGCCCAGUCCCAUUUCUUAUUUUCACCCCUACCCCUUGUUUUGAGUGUCACCUUGACCAUUGGAACUGAGCUACAACAGGUUGCGGUUGAAAUCUUCCCUAUGAAAUGGGACCCUCAAAUAAAAAGAGCAUCACUUCAUUAACAGCUACCAGCGCUGCUCUGUAGGCGACCCUGCCAGUCUGCAGUGACAGCAGAGGAGGGUAAAGUUCAGCUCCUCACUGCUGGGCUUUAGUUACAUUUAGGGCAUCAUACGCCUUCAAAGAGGGGGCAAUAAUUUAUUAUCACCCAACUCUAAUUCUUCAGUUAUACAAAGCUGGAGUUAGAUAUUUACCAGCUUCUUGUUCAAAUUUUCCUGUUCCACCUUAAAUGGAGCGGAAGUUACAUUCUGGUGCUUCAGGCGUCAGAACUGCUGGACUAUUUAAGGUGGAACGGGAAAGUUAGCUAGCUACCGAGACAUUAGCAUAGUACUAGGAAUUUUUUUUAUGCUUGUUAUAAAGAAAAGGAUCAUAAUACACUGAGACGAUAUUAAACUAAGAUAAAACAGUGAUUAUUUUUUAACAGAGAAAAUUCUCACAUUUGUGGGUUUCUUUGGUCUCUUGUUCAGCCAACUUGCCGCUUUUUCUU